UCAAGCAGUUGUUCGCAAAAAUUUAACUACAUACAUUGAUCAACAAUCUAUUAGCUGCACUCCGAUGUCACCUAGAAAAAAACGUAAAACACCAGCAGAACGUACUCGUGAAUAUAGAGCUCGGAAGAAGGCCCGAGAAAAUCCUGCAAAUCCAGAGCCAACCUGCUCUACGUCGAUUGAUGUUCAAGUUGAAGUACAUCAAGAACAUUCUGUUUCGGAUCCACCAAGAAAGUCAAAAACACCAGCAGAACGUAGUCGUGAGUAUAGAGCCCGGAAGAAGGCCCUAAAAAAUUCUGCAAUUUCAGAGUCAACCUGCUCUACGUCGAUUGAUGUUCAAGCUGAAAUACAUCAAGAAAAUUCUCUUUCGGAUUUACCAAAAACGUCAAGAACACCAGCCGACCGUAGUCGUCAGUAUAGAGCUCGGAAAAAAUCUACGAUGGUCCUUAAAAACUCAGUACUAAAUGCUCCAUCUACUGAAACCUUUUCAACAGAUAAUCCGUGUACUAGGGAUCAAGAGGGUGCAAUUUUAUCUGAAGCAGAUUUUAUUAUUAGAGACAUUCCAAAUACUACAACGACGCCAAGUAUCAACAACGUUACGAGAGGCUUCCAGGCUAAUGAUUUGCGUGUACCUUAUUCUACUUUUUAUCAUCAUAAAAAAGCUCAUGAAGAGUUUAAGACUAAAUUCAUCAAUAACCCGUUCGGACAUAUUUGCUCAGUCUGUGAUAGGUUGUGGUUUAAAAGAGAUCUCAAAUCUGCAUCUAAUCAACAUCAACAGAUUUUAAAUACAAUUCUUCCUCUUACAUCUAUAGAGAAGAUUGCUUUAUGCACUACGUGCUUUACAUCAUUGAAUAAAGAUAAAAUUCCAAUGAUGUCAGUGUAUAACUUCGAAGUCAUUCUCAGGAUCUAACAAAUUCUGUUAUACAGGCUUCAAACAUCGUACUUCUAUCUGAAACUUGGUUAAAUGACUCUGAAGAUAUAAGUAUACCUAAUUUCAACUGUAUAGUAAAAUUUAAACGACCAAAUGUUCGAGCAGGAGGAGUAGGAAUUUACUCUAACGAAAAUAAUAAUACGUGUAAUAUUGUCACGCCAAAUAUUGAUAUGACAGCAAUGCAAUCAUCAUCACAGCAAUUGGGAGCAACAGUAACUGGUGAUAUUUGUAUUGCUAAAUGUCAAUCUCUUGAUGGAAAAAAAAUUAUCUUCGCUGCAGUGUAUAUAUCUGUCAAUCAAAAGCUUAACAAUAUUAUUUCUUUUCUUCAUCAACAAUUACUUGCAUAUAGCCAUGGAGGUGCUGCUCUUACUAAUACAGAUUAUGAUAAAAUACCUCUUCUUUUAGGUGGUGAUUUUAACGUAAACUUUGCAUCUGACGAUUCGACACCAUUAAUUAACUUUUUACAUGAAAAAUUUAGUCUGCAAUUAAAUAAUAAUCCUAACAUGUCGACAACUAAAUACGGAACCACAAUAGAUCCCAUUUUUACACGUUAUUUAGAAAAUAUUGAAACAAGAACGUAUGUUUCAUAUUUUAGUUACCAUAAGGCUUUAGUGACAACCAUACCAUUACAAAUACCAUCAGAUAAUGUUGUACAUAUUGAAGAAAUAAAUUGGAAGAAUAUGUGA